GUAAACUUAUUUCCGGUAAAAACAAUGGCAGCGCAGUCGAGGAGCAAGGCGUUCUGCUGUGUACCAAAGUGCAGCAUUUCAAAGCAAAAGCAACCAUACAUGAGUUUUCAUGAGUUUCCCACUAACGAUAUGCAAAGACAAAAGUGGGUGCAUGCAAUUCGACGAGACGAAGGGCCGAAGUUUGAUAUUAGAAGGGCAAAUACGUUAGUCUGCAGUCAACACUUCACUGCUUCUGACUUCAUCCAGGGUAGUUGUCGUUUAAAACCUGGAGUUAUUCCAAGUCGCUUUCAGUGGAACAAUUUUCAUGUACAGCCACAAAAGCAGUCUGCUUUUGAGAGGUCAAGUGCUCGUCUAGGAGUAGAUGUGCGUGCCCCGAAAACUGUGAAUCUGCAGAGUAACGACUCAGAAGUUAUCGUCAAGGACCAUGACUACGCUGCAUACCCCCCUCCUGGAAAUUAUUUGUAUUAAAGUGUAACUUAAAAGCAAAAUUAUACACACUAGGGCUGCAUGAUUAUCUCGAUUAGGGUUAAAGUCAAUUCAUAAAGUACCUAAAAUGUCAUUUCUGUCCUCAUGUAAUGAUGUAAUCACAGCCGCGAGGUCACACGUGAGCUGUCGCACUGUUUGUUUACAUCAGAAAAAGACGCGUUUGUGUGCAGUGAACAGAACCUGUAAAUUCAGUGAAUAACAGGCAAUAGUUUUAAAAUAAUGCUCAGUUUGUUGCACAAGGCGACAACUUUGCUCCAUAAUCAGGAUAUGAUUUGCAUGUAUGUUUUGUUUCUCACAGUCGAGGCAAAUUACAUGGUUUAACAGUGCCAUAAAGAUAAAUUAAAUUCAUUAACCCUAUAAUUCAUCAACUAUACAGUUCUUAACUAUAAAUCAGCACUGAUUUGAUUUCAGCGUAAUGAAUGCGCAGUUUUAGAGCUGCUUUAUAAAUGUAUUAAGGUGUUUGCAACUCUAAAUUCACCAUUUAUUUUUGUAAAGGUUCUUUGGAAAAAAAACAUUGUAUAAAGUGCUACAAAAUUAAAAGUAACUUGUAGUUUAAUGUUUUUACUUAGAUUUUUUAAUUCUUAUCAUUGAUAUUAUUAUUAAACCUUUGUAAUUUGUAAUUUUGUAGGUGCUUUGGAUGAAGCCUUGGAAUACAUAGCAGAGCUGGAGGCUAGGCUAAAUACAAUUUCACUGGAGACACCAACUGUGUUCAGUAGGUUUUGUGUCUGAUCACACAAUUCGCUACUACACCAGGUUUCCCUCACAGGAAGUAUUCCAGGUUUUCUGGGAGUCUGUUUGUCCAUCUGCCACAAACCUUAUGUACUGGACAAAAGCACAAAGAAUGGGUCGGGAAGCUUCCCCUACACCAAGUCCUGCACGCAAAAUUCAGCUCAUAGAUGAACUGUUCAUGUACUGCUGCCGCGUAGCUGCUGGCCUUAGGGAGAGAGUAAUUGCUGACAUCUUUGGUGUAAGCAUGGCCACAGUAAGCAGGACAGUCAUCACCUGGGCAAAUUAUCUUUAUUUUGUUUUAGGCUCUGUUCCCAUUUGGAUGUCAAGGGAACAAAUAAGCUCUUCCAUGCCUGAGAAGUAUAGUUCAUUCAGUCCAAAUGUCAGAGUAAUCCUGGACUGUACAGACAUUUUCUGUGAGAGUCCCACAUCUCUGACACUCCACUCAGAGAUAUUCUCUAAAAACAAGAGCACAACAACAUUUAAAGGACUCUUGGGAGUGGCUCCAUGUGGUGCAGUAACAUCAUCUCUCGUCUGUACACUGGCUCAAUCUCUGACAAAGAGAUUACAAGGAGGUCUGGCAUCUUGAGUCUACUUGAACCUGGAGAUGAGGUGAUGGCUGACAAAGGCUUUACAAUUGGGGACAUGAUCACCAAUGUUGGUGCUACACUAAUAAUUCCACCGUUCAAGCGUGACCGGCAGUUCAGCAAGACAGACUGUCAAAAAACACAAACCAUUGCACGGCUCAGAAUUCUGGUGGAAAGAGUAAUACGACGAGUUAAAGAAAACCACAUCUUCGAUUCUGCUGUACCACUAAGCUUGUCAGGAACAAUUGACCAGAUCUGGCAUAACUGCUGCUUCAUGGUAAAUUACCAGGAACCAAUGUUUUUGGAGCAUUAAAUGAGCCACAUUUCUGCAUCUUCUGUGGCCUUUACCUUGAAGCCAGAUUGUCUGGCUAGCCAGUUAAUUUUCAGUUUAGUUUCAGUUUAACUAUUCUGAAAUGUGUAAAAUAGUAGAAAUCAAACCCAUCGGAGUAAUCCAUAUACAAAGAACGGAAACCAUGACAACCACAUAAAAUUAACUCAGUGUUUGUUUAGAUACAUUUGAAGGAUUCUGUGCUGAUUUGUUACAUUGUUCUGUUUGUUAUUAUUAAAAUAGUUACAAGUUAAUGUAAUUUUAUGAUUUCCUCUUAACUUUUACAAAAAAUAUUACAAUGUAUUUCCCCCUCUGUGCUCAGAGGCAGAUUUGUUACUUUUAUCAAGCAAAAAUGAGCAGUAUCCUGAAAAUAACAAGGACAGUUUGAAUAAACAUUUUUUUUAAAUAAUUGCUAUUGGUCAAAAUAAACAUAUCAUACAGUUGUUCUGUUGUCCAGUUGUUAUUUGACACAUUUUAUUGUUAGUUUCAGAUAUAAUACAGAAUUGUAAACCUGAACUGAUACAACAUGAAAUUUUUACAAUUAUAAUAGUAGUUUAAAAAUAGACAAAGUUGUAAAACAAUAUAAAAUUAAUUACUAUACAUGUAUACAUACCGUGGUAGCAAUUUUAAAGGGUUAGCUCACAAGUGCAAGUAUCAAGGUGAGUAAUUAAAAUUAUAAAUUUUGUGUGAAUUAACCCUUUACUACAGCAAUGCUUAAACCAUAGAUAGAUACUUGUCCAUAUAUACAUAAUAGUAAUACAUGUCCAACUUCUCCUUCAUUGAUGUUAUAAAGACAUCAUCUCGCCAAAUCCUCUGGAUGGUUAUGUCUGACUGUGUGUCAGUCACAAAGUCACACCACUGCAGACCAGUUACGGCAAGCUGGCCUUGAACCUGCCAAUAGUAUUUGUGUGUUUUUUUGAGUUUGGCUUGGCCCUUUUGCAUUUUAAUAAAUGAAGCCUGGCCUAUACUUUCAGCAGAUGUAGCUUUUACUUCCACUAGACCAAAUGGGAAGGUUUCAGAUGGAUCAUAUACUCUCCCAUCUGGACUGGCACCUAGAUGUGGUGCAUCUGGGUGAACAACAAAGCCACAAGGUAAAACCGUAACCCUCUUUGUUUCAGAAUAUUGUUUCAAAAUUUCUGGUUCAAGUUCAAGUCCACGUUUCAUAGCACUUGUCUGCUUUGUGCCUUUUAGUAUACGUGCUGCUAAUGACUGGCUAGCAGAUUCACCAACCACAUAGCAGACUUCUCUAAACCUGCUUGCGGUGACUCUUGGUUGACGCGCAUGUGCCCAGGCAGCACAAUUUGACUGUAGUCGAGUAUUGUGCUCAAUCUGACCGGAUAAGAUGUGUGACACUUGUAUUGACUGCAAAUGAAAAGAUUGGUGGUGACUGGGAACAAAAUUUAGGUUUGUACUAAACUGACUGCCACACACUGGCAGGUUGGGGAAAUCAACUGUAGGUUGAUCAGCAGCUGUGAGAGGAUAGUGAAACGAAAGAGGACUGCCCCGGGGUAAUGGACCAAACUGGGAGCUGACCAACUCCGUUUCUGACAUGCCAACUCCAUUUCUGACAUGUGUGAGGAUCAGGCAGGUGUGAUUUAUUAUGCUUUAUCUGUCUACAGGUCGCCAUCAAGUAUGUGUCUAAAGAGCGGACACAGAGGAGACUGAGAGUUGUGAGUUCAGUGUGAACCUGUUGUUGUGUUUGAUGUUUCAUUGGGUUCUGAAUCCAAUCGUUUGUCCUGCAGGAAGGUCAGGGUCGGCUGCCGCUGGAGGUGGCACUGAUGACCCGCGUCAAUUCAGCUCCUGCCUGCCCCAACGUCCUGCAGCUGCUUGACUGGUUUGACCGUCCCAGACGCUACAUCCUGAUCCUGGAGCGUCCGGAUCCCUGCCAAGACCUCCAGAGCUUCUGUGAGGAGAACGGCUGUCUGGAUGAGCGUCUGGCCAAGAAAGUGCUGGUGCAGCUGAUCGCGGCUCUGAAACACUGCGAGAGCCGCGGAGUCCUGCACCGGGACGUCAAGCCAGAGAACCUGCUGAUCUCCACAGAGUCCCAGGACAUCAAGCUGCUGGACUUCGGCUGUGGAGAUCUGCUCAAGCGCUCGGCCUACAAAUACUUCGCAGGAACUAUUCAAUACGCUCCACCUGAGUGGUUCUGCAGACAGCGCUACCAUGCGGGUCCAGCUACGGUGUGGUCAGUAGGAGUGACCCUCUUCAACAUCCUGUGCAACCGUUUCCCCUUCGGAGGUGCACUGAGGGUCACGUCCAGAAGCAAACUGACCUUCCCCAUAACUCUGUCAACAGAGGCAGUAGACGCAGAUGGAGAAGAGGAGAACACACACCGAACACACACUGAACAGCAGAUUCCAGCAGAAAACACACUCUGAUGCAGCUUUUCACAGCAACUGCAACAUCACUGCACCAGGAGCGUCAGUAAAGACCAAGAAGAAGAAGAAGAAACACAGCACUGAGCCUGAAAGCUGA